AUGUUUAGAACCCUUCGCCUUUGGACGAAACCGACUGCUCUUCGAAGCUAUCACUCUGUGUCCCACCCAAAUAUCCUUAUCAACAAAAAAGCGCCUGAGCUGGUCCUUCUCACAAAGGCUUUGGACUAUAUCCCCCAGCACGGCUUCAACAAGAAGUGUAUUGACGACGCCGUGAGAGACUUGGGCUACGCGGACUCUUUGCAGAGCGUGAUUGCUGCCAACCCUUCAAAUGAGCUGCCUGAGCUCCAACUCACGCUUUUCUGGCUCAAGUUCCAGAGGCAGAAGCUCUACGACCAUGUGCUCGACCCAAAGCUGCCCUUCCACGCUAUUCCUGACGAGUACGACAGAGCAGCCUAUCUCUUAAAGGAAAGACUCUCGUAUAACAGACCCAUAGUGGGCCAGUUGGCCCUGGGGCUUUCUCAGUUGGUGCUUCCCUACAACUGGAGCGCUUCUCUCUCCGAGCUCCAUGCCUUGAGCGACGACAUCGCCUACUACGCUGGCGACAUGUCCAACGACAGCGCCUGGUACGCCAAGCGUCUUCUUCUUCUGUCUAUAUACGUGAAGCUGGAGCUCUACAUGCUCCUGGACACCUCCCCAGAUUUCAGCUCGACCCUGCUGUUUGUUGACCGCAAUGUUCUGGCAGUCAAGUUCAUGGGCAACUCGUACAACGCUGUGGAGCAGUGGUCUGCCUUCAACGCCAUUUCCCUCGUCAACUUGAUCCGUUCACAACUUGCAAGGGGAUAA